AUGAAUCAUUUGACAAUACAGUUAAAAGAUAAUAGUUCCCACCGGCUAGCUAAUACGAAUUCGUAUCACUUCUGCAAGCUCUCUGUAUUGAACAAUCCCCAUGCCGAAAUUAUACCUACUGAAAAAGUAUCCAAGAAUCACCAGGAAACUGAGGUUGGCUCGGAGACUGGAGGGCGUAAUUAUGUUGCCACAGCUGGGGAAGACUUGUCUGUAGUUGAGAUUUGGGACGUUAACACUGCUGAAAAGCUUGUGAAGCUGCCUCCGAGCUCAGUGGAUCGCUCUGCAAAGUCGAGAGGAAUGUGCAUGGCUGUUGGAGCCUUUUUGCCAUCUGAGUCGGAUGCUUAUGCACAUGUUGUUGCUGGGUUUGAGGAUGGAUCAAUGGUGUUAUGGGAUUUGAGAAAUCCUUCCUUGCCGGUGACUAGUGUGAAAUUUCACUCAGAGGCAGUUCUAAGCUUGUCUAUUGACAGUUCAUGUGGAGGAGGGGUUUCCGGAUCUGCUGAUGAGAAAAUUGUGACAUUUAGCUUGAAUCCUUCAAUGGGAUCGUGUUUGGUCAAGAAAGAAGUUAUUUUGGAGAGACCCGGUAUAGCAGGGACCUCUAUAAGGCCAGAUGGUAAGAUUUUCGCAACUGCUGGAUGGGAUCACAGGGUGAGGAUACAUGACUAUCGGAAAGGGAAUGCGUUGGCUAUACUGAAAUACCAUCACGCAAUUUGCAACGCUGUCAAAUUCUCAGCUAAUAGUAAACUGAUGGCUUCAUCUUCAGAAGAUGCCACUAUAGCGUUAUGGGAGCUUUAUCCUCCUAGAAAUUGACAUGUAAUGUAUAAUUUGUUGCAAGUUUAGAACUUACGCGAAACAAAGGGUACAUUUAUCAGAUUGUGCUGUGUUUUGUUGUUCUAUGUUCUAUUACUCUAUUUUCUUAACCAUUUGAAAUAGUAUGUUUGGAUUGCUGAGAGUA